CAUGCCGCAGAAAGAGACACCAGUGGGGCGCGUCGAUGUCCUCGUCCAUGCAGCAGGGAGAGACACCAGUGGGGCGCGUCGAUGUCCUCGUCCAUGCAGCAGGGAGAGACACCAGUGGGGCGCGUCGAUGUCCUCGUCCAUGCAGCAGGGAGAGACACCAGUGGGGCGCGUCGAUGUCCUCGUCCAUGCAGCAGGGAGAGACACCAGUGGGGCGCGUCGAUGUCCUCGUCCAUGCAGCAGGGAGAGACACCAGUGGGGCGCGUCGAUGUCCUCGUCCAUGCCGCAGGGAGAGACACCAGUGGGGCGCGUCGAUGUCCUCGUGCAUGCAGCAGGGAGAGACACCAGUGGGGCGCGUCGAUGUCCUCGUGUAUGCAGCAGGGAGAGACACCAGUGGGGCGCGUCGAUGUCCUCGCCCAUGCAGCAGGAAGACACCAGUGGGGCGCGUCGAUGUCCUCGUGUAUGCAGCAGGGAGAGACACCAGUGGGGCGCGUCGAUGUCCUCGUCCAUGCAGCAGGAAGACACCAGUGGGGCGCGUCGAUGUCCUCGUGUAUGCAGCAGGGAGAGACACCAGUGGGGCGCGUCGAUGUCCUCGUGUAUGCAGCAGGGAGAGACACCAGUGGGGCGCGUCGACGUCCUCGUCCAUGCAGCAGGAAGAGACACCAGUGGGGCGCGUCGAUGUCCUCGUCCAUGCAGCAGGAAGACACCAGUGGGGCGCGUCGAAGUCCUCGUCCAUGCAGCAGGAAGAGACACCAGUGGGGCGCGUCGAUGUCCUCGUCCAUGCCGCAGGAAGAGACACCAGUGGGGCGCGUCGAUGUCCUCGUGCAUGCAGCAGGGAGAGACACCAGUGGGGCGCGUCGAUGUCCUCGUCCAUGCAGCAGGGAGAGACACCAGUGGGGCGCGUCGAUGUCCUCGUCCAUGCAGCAGGGAGAGACACCAGUGGGGCGCGUCGAUGUCCUCGUCCAUGCAGCAGGGAGAGACACCAGUGGGGCGCGUCGAUGUCCUCGUCCAUGCAACAGGGAGAGACACCAGUGGGGCGCGUCGAUGUCCUCGUCCAUGUAACAGGGAGAGACACCAGUGGGGCGCGUCGAUGUCCUCGUCCAUGCAGCAGGAAGACACAAGUGGGGCGCGUCGAUGUCCUCGUCCAUGCAGCAGGAAGAGACACCAGUGGGGCGCGUCGAUGUCCUCGUCCAUGCCGCAGGGAGAGACACCAGUGGGGCGCGUCGAUGUCCUCGUCCAUGCCGCAGGAAGAGACACCAGUGGGGCGCGUCGAUGUCCUCGUGUAUGCAGCAGGGAGAGACACCAGUGGGGCGCGUCGAUGUCCUCGUCCAUGCAGCAGGGAGAGACACCAGUGGGGCGCGUCGAUGUCCUCGUGCAUGCAGCAGGGAGAGACACCAGUGGGGCGCGUCGAUGUCCUCGUCCAGGCAGCAGGGAGAGACACCAGUGGGGCGCGUCGAUGUCCUCGUCCAUGCCGCAGGGAGAGACACCAGUGGGGCGCGUCGAUGUCCUCGUGUAUGCAGCAGGGAGAGACACCAGUGGGGCGCGUCGAUGUCCUCGUGUAUGCAGCAGGGAGAGACACCAGUGGGGCGCGUCGACGUCCUCGUCCAUGCAGCAGGAAGAGACACCAGUGGGGCGCGUCGAUGUCCUCGUCACUGCAGCAGGAAGACACCAGUGGGGCGCGUCGAUGUCCUCGUCCAUGCCGCAGGGAGAGACACCAGUGGGGCGCGUCGAUGUCCUCGUCCAUGCAGCAGGGAGAGACACCAGUGGGGCGCGUCGAUGUCCUCGUCCAUGCAACAGGGAGAGACACCAGUGGGGCGCGUCGAUGUCCUCGUCCAUGCAACAGGGAGAGACACCAGUGGGGCGAGUCGAUGUCCUCGUCCAUGCAACAGGGAGAGACACCAGUGGGGCGCGUCGAUGUCCUCGUCCAUGCAACAGGGAGAGACACCAGUGGGGCGCGUCGAUGUCCUCGUCCAUGCAGCAGGAAGACACAAGUGGGGCGCGUCGAUGUCCUCGUCCAUGCAGCAGGAAGAGACACCAGUGGGGCGCGUCGAUGUCCUCGUCCAUGCCGCAGGGAGAGACACCAGUGGGGCGCGUCGAUGUCCUCGUCCAUGCCGCAGGAAGAGACACCAGUGGGGCGCGUCGAUGUCCUCGUCCAUGCAGCAGGGAGAGACACCAGUGGGGCGCGUCGAUGUCCUCGUCCAUGCAGCAGGGAGAGACACCAGUGGGGCGCGUCGAUGUCCUCGUCCAUGCAGCAGGGAGAGACACCAGUGGGGCGCGUCGAUGUCCUCGUCCAUGCAGCAGGGAGAGACACCAGUGGGGCGCGUCGAUGUCCUCGUCCAUGCAGCAGGGAGAGACACCAGUGGGGCGCGUCGAUGUCCUCGUCCAUGCCGCAGGGAGAGACACCAGUGGGGCGCGUCGAUGUCCUCGUGCAUGCAGCAGGGAGAGACACCAGUGGGGCGCGUCGAUGUCCUCGUGUAUGCAGCAGGGAGAGACACCAGUGGGGCGCGUCGAUGUCCUCGCCCAUGCAGCAGGAAGACACCAGUGGGGCGCGUCGAUGUCCUCGUGUAUGCAGCAGGGAGAGACACCAGUGGGGCGCGUCGAUGUCCUCGUCCAUGCAGCAGGAAGACACCAGUGGGGCGCGUCGAUGUCCUCGUGUAUGCAGCAGGGAGAGACACCAGUGGGGCGCGUCGAUGUCCUCGUGUAUGCAGCAGGGAGAGACACCAGUGGGGCGCGUCGACGUCCUCGUCCAUGCAGCAGGAAGAGACACCAGUGGGGCGCGUCGAUGUCCUCGUCCAUGCAGCAGGAAGACACCAGUGGGGCGCGUCGAAGUCCUCGUCCAUGCAGCAGGAAGAGACACCAGUGGGGCGCGUCGAUGUCCUCGUCCAUGCCGCAGGAAGAGACACCAGUGGGGCGCGUCGAUGUCCUCGUGCAUGCAGCAGGGAGAGACACCAGUGGGGCGCGUCGAUGUCCUCGUCCAUGCAGCAGGGAGAGACACCAGUGGGGCGCGUCGACGUCCUCGUCCAUGCAGCAGGAAGAGACACCAGUGGGGCGCGUCGAUGUCCUCGUCACUGCAGCAGGAAGACACCAGUGGGGCGCGUCGAUGUCCUCGUCCAUGCCGCAGGGAGAGACACCAGUGGGGCGCGUCGAUGUCCUCGUCCAUACCGCAGGAAAAGACACCAGUGGGGCGCGUCGAUGUCCUCGUCCAUGCAGCAGGAAGACACCAGUGGGGCGCGUCGAUGUCCUCGUCCAUGCCGCAGGAAGAGACACCAGUGGGGCGCGUCGAUGUCCUCGUCCAUGCAGCAGGAAGAGACACAAGUGGGGCGCGUCGAUGUCCUCGUCCAUGCCGCAGGAAGAGACACCAGUGGGGCGCGUCGAUGUCCUCGUGCAUGCAGCAGGGAGAGACACCAGUGGGGCACGUCGAUGUCUUCGUCCAUGCAACAGGGAGAGACACCAGUGGGGCGCGUCGAUGUCGUCGUCCAUGCAACAGGGAGAGACACCAGUGGGGCGCGUCGAUGUCCUCGUCCAUGCAACAGGGAGAGACACCAGUGGGGCGCGUCGAUGUCCUCGUCCAUGCAACAGGGAGAGACACCAGUGGGGCGCGUCGAUGUCCUCGUCCAUGCAGCAGGAAGACACAAGUGGGGCGCGUCGAUGUCCUCGUCCAUGCAGCAGGAAGAGACACCAGUGGGGCGCGUCGAUGUCCUCGUCCAUGCCGCAGGGAGAGACACAAGUGGGGCGCGUCGAUGUCCUCGUCCAUGCAGCAGGAAGAGACACCAGUGGGGCGCGUCGAUGUCCUCGUCCAUGCCGCAGGGAGAGACACCAGUGGGGCGCGUCGAUGUCCUCGUCCAUGCCGCAGGAAGAGACACCAGUGGGGCGCGUCGAUGUCCUCGUGUAUGCAGCAGGGAGAGACACCAGUGGGGCGUGUCGAUGUCCUCGUCCAUGCAGCAGGGAGAGACACCAGUGGGGCGCGUCGAUGUCCUCGUGCAUGCAGCAGGGAGAGACACCAGUGGGGCGCGUCGAUGUCCUCGUCCAUGCAGCAGGGAGAGACACCAGUGGGGCGCGUCGAUGUCCUCGUGUAUGCAGCAGGAAGACACCAGUGGGGCGCGUCGAUGUACUCGUGUAUGCAGCAGGGAGAGACACCAGUGGGGCGCGUCGAUGUCCUCGUCCAUGCAGCAGGAAGACACCAGUGGGGCGCGUCGAUGUCCUCGUGUAUGCAGCAGGGAGAGACACCAGUGGGGCGCGUCGAUGUCCUCGUGUGUGCAGCAGGGAGAGACACCAGUGGGGCGCGUCGAUGUCCUCGUCCAUGCAGCAGGAAGACACCAGUGGGGCGCGUCGAUGUCGUCGUCCAUGCAACAGGGAGAGACACCAGUGGGGCGCGUCGAUGUCCUCGUCCAUGCAACAGGGAGAGACACCAGUGGGGCGCGUCGAUGUCCUCGUCCAUGCAACAGGGAGAGACACCAGUGGGGCGCGUCGAUGUCCUCGUCCAUGCAGCAGGAAGACACAAGUGGGGCGCGUCGAUGUCCUCGUCCAUGCAGCAGGAAGAGACACCAGUGGGGCGCGUCGAUGUCCUCGUCCAUGCCGCAGGGAGAGACACCAGUGGGGCGCGUCGAUGUCCUCGUCCAUGCCGCAGGAAGAGACACCAGUGGGGCGCGUCGAUGUCCUCGUGUAUGCAGCAGGGAGAGACACCAGUGGGGCGUGUCGAUGUCCUCGUCCAUGCAGCAGGGAGAGACACCAGUGGGGCGUGUCGAUGUCCUCGUCCAUGCAGCAGGGAGAGACACCAGUGGGGCGCGUCGAUGUCCUCGUGCAUGCAGCAGGGAGAGACACCAGUGGGGCGCGUCGAUGUCCUCGUCCAUGCAGCAGGGAGAGACACCAGUGGGGCGCGUCGAUGUCCUCGUGUAUGCAGCAGGAAGACACCAGUGGGGCGCGUCGAUGUACUCGUGUAUGCAGCAGGGAGAGACACCAGUGGGGCGCGUCGAUGUCCUCGUCCAUGCAGCAGGAAGACACCAGUGGGGCGCGUCGAUGUCCUCGUGUAUGCAGCAGGGAGAGACACCAGUGGGGCGCGUCGAUGUCCUCGUGUAUGCAGCAGGGAGAGACACCAGUGGGGCGCGUCGAUGUCCUCGUCCAUGCAGCAGGAAGACACCAGUGGGGCGCGUCGAUGUCCUCGUCCAUGCCGCAGGGAGAGACACCAGUGGGGCGCGUCGAUGUCCUCGUCCAUGCCGCAGGGAGAGACACCAGUGGGGCGCGUCGAUGUCCUCGUCCAUGCCGCAGGAAGAGACACCAGUGGGGCGCGUCGAUGUCCUCGUCCAUGCCGCAGGAAGAGACACCAGUGGGGCGCGUCGAUGUCCUCGUCCAUGCAGCAGGGAGAGACACCAGUGGGGCGCGUCGAUGUCCUCGUCCAUGCAGCAGGGAGAGACACCAGUGGGGCUCGUCGAUGUCCUCGUCCAUGCAGCAGGGAGAGACACCGGUGGGGCGCGUCGAUGUCCUCGUCCAUGCAACAGGGAGAGACACCGGUGGGGCGCGUCGAUAUCCUCGUGCAUGCAGCAGGGAGAGACACCGGUGGGGCGCGUCGAUGUCCUCGUGCAUGCAGCAGGGAGAGACACCGGUGGGGCGCGUCGAUGUCCUCGUCCAUGCCGCAGGAAGAGACACCAGUGGGGCGCGUCGAUGUCCUCGUCCAUGCAGCAGGGAGAGACACCAGUGGGGCGCGUCGAUGUCCUCGUCCAUGCAGCAGGGAGAGACACCAGUGGGGCUCGUCGAUGUCCUCGUCCAUGCAGCAGGGAGAGACACCGGUGGGGCGCGUCGAUGUCCUCGUCCAUGCAACAGGGAGAGACACCGGUGGGGCGCGUCGAUAUCCUCGUGCAUGCAGCAGGGAGAGACACCGGUGGGGCGCGUCGAUGUCCUCGUGCAUGCAGCAGGGAGAGACACCGGUGGGGCGCGUCGAUGUCCUCGUCCAUGCAGCAGGAAGACACCAGUGGGGCGCGUCGAUGUCCUCGUGUAUGCAGCAGGGAGAGACACCAGUGGGGCGCGACGAUGUCCUCGUCCAUGCAGCAGGGAGAGACACCAGUGGGGCGCGUCGAUGUCCUCGUCCAUGCAGCAGGGAGAGACACCAGUGGGGCGCGUCGAUGUCCUCGUGCAUGCAGCAGGGAGAGACACCAGUGGGGCGCGUCGAUGUCCUCGUGCAUGCAGCAGGGAGAGACACCAGUGGGGCGCGUCGAUGUCCUCGUCCAUGCAGCAGAUUCCCGACAGUCACUGGUCAAGGUGGCUUCAAACUGGCUCAUGCAAGACAGUAUGCACUUGGCGAGUGACUACAGGGUCCGAAGUCAAGACAGUAUGCACUUGGCGAGUGACUACAGGGUCAGAAGUCAAGACAGUAUGCACUUGGCGAGUGACUACAGGGUCAGAAGUCAAGACAGUAUGCACUUGGCGAGUGACUACAGGGUCAGAAGUCAAGACAGUAUGCACUUGGCGAGUGACUACAGGGUCAGAAGACAAGCCCUGCGGGAGAGGUCCACGCAGCAGCAUUUGGAGGGCCGAGCCAGGUUCAGCAGUGUGGAACACCUUGCUCAGUACAGCAGUCCUUCUGAGCAGUACCUCCCCAGCGUGGAAGCACAAGUACCAAGACCCUAUCGUCAACCCCGAGCAUGUUGUGGGCACGCUCACCAGACCCGCCCACCCGUAGCUCAUGGCGGCCAAAACCUGGCACCAUGACUGAGCCUUAUUGAAGGAACAUUCCUGAGUUUGCUGCAAUCCGUCCCCGAUGACACGACCACAUCACUGACGUGACCGCACCUGUGCCGCGUUCAGCCAGACCGAGUUACAGGACAGUGUCAGAUGUUUUCAUUGCACCCGUCCCCGAUGACACGACCACAUCACUGACGUGACCGCACCUGUGCCGCGUUCAGCCAGACCGAGCAGAAACACGUUCGCUAGACUGGUUUGUGCACUUCACGAUAAACUGAAUGGCCACGUCGGGAAACCAAUCAAAUAGUUGGCGAACGUUAGCGAAAUGUUUGCUGACUGAACUUGGGGUUGAUCUGGCAGAUUGGCGGACUAAUCGAGCCUAUUAGAGAUGAACUAUUCCAGUUACUUUUUCAUAAUCAUCCAUUCCAGCUUGCAAUGGGAUCCAUUGUUUCCAUAGCCAUAGUGGUAUUAAAUAAAAGCUUCCUUGUAAGUACAGUUCACCGCACGAACA